UUAGUUGUGAGCCGGAUCAGUGAGUGCAUGGCGCACUCACCUGCUGUUUUGACGCUUUUAGUGUAUCACAAUGGCACCAUCUGCUGGGUUAAAACAUCACACCUGCAAAUAUUUGUUCCCAUAGUAUCUGUGCAGAAAGGAAUAUGAAAUGCACAACUCUAGUCAAUAAAUAGUAAACGGUAAAAAAAAUGUAUACUAUUUAUAUAAAUACAUACAUAUAUAGACUUGCAUAUGUAAAAUAUGACUUUGUUAACUGUGGAAGGCAGCCAUCGUGAAAGUUGUUUACUCUCCUUUGAAAAUUGGACAUUUAAAAAAACAAAAAUCAAGUUUUAGGAUUUCAAAUGUUCGUACAGCAUUUUAUCUAGUCCAUCCAUCCAUCCAUUUUCUACCGCUUGUCCCUUUCAAGGUUGCGGGGGGUGCUGGAGCCUAUAUCAGCUGCAUUUGGGAGGUAGGCGGGCUACACCCUGGACAAGUCGCCAGUCAAAGCUGUUUAAUUUUCACUUUUGUUUUACUGGUAAACCUGUUCAGCUUUUUUCCCUUCCAGCAUAACUGAACCUUAUUUCCAAGUAAGUGUGCACUAAUAAGUUUCACUGUCCUCAUCCGGAGAGGAGCACAAUCUCUUUUAUUUUACUGCACCUGCAGUGGGAUGGAUUUAAAAUGGUUUCUGAAUAUAUUUUAGGGCUGCAGCUAUGGAUUAUUUUGAUAAUCAAGGACUCUAUUAAUUAGUUUGUUCGAUGAUUCAAAUAAUGAGAUACAAUUUACUCUCGAGCCUAAAUGGUUUAAGGAGAUCAGUUGAAAUAAAUAUUUUUGUACUUGCUAUCACCUUCAUUACUUUCUUUCACCGUUGUUUACCUUGCUUCUAUAUUCCUUUAUUUUACCUUUUUAAAUUAUUAUUUGUUACAUUAUUUUACAUUCUAUUUAACUUCUUUUACCAUUUAUUUACCUUAUUUUACCUUCUCGGACCGUAUUUUACAUUCUCUAUUCCUUUUACCUUUAAAUACCUUCUUUUGACCUUUUAUGUACCUUCUUUUUAAGUUAUUUGACCUUCUAUAUGGCGUAGUGGGUAGAGCAACCGUGCCAGAAACCUGAGGGUUGCAGGUUCGCUCCCCGCCUCUUACCAUCCACAAAUCGCUGCCGUUGUGUCCUUGGGCGGGACACUUCACCCUUUGCCCCCGGUGCCACUCACACCGGUGAAUUGAAUGAUGAAUGAUAGGUGGUGGUCGGAGGGGCCGUUGGCGCAAAUUGCAGCCAGGCUUCCGUCAGUCUACCCCAGGGCAGCUGUGGCUAUGAAAGUAGCUUACCACCACCAGGUGUGAAUGAAUGAUGGGUUCUACAUGUAAAGUGACUUUGGGUACUUAGAAAAGCGCUAUAUAAAUCCCAGUUGUUAUUAUUAUUAUUCUUUAACCUUCUAUUGACCUUUUAUUGAUCUUUUACCUUCUUUUUGCCUUUUACCUUUUAUUUAUUUAUCUGUUAUGUUCUAUUUGCCCUCUUUUAUAUUUUAUUAAUCUCAUUUACCUUUUUUUCUACUUUUACCCUCUAUGUUUCUUCUUUUGCCUUUUAUUUACCUUAUUUUACCUUCUAUUUACAUAUUUUCAUUUUAUUAGACCUUUUAUUUGCUUAAUUUACUUUCUAUAUUAUUUAUUUGACCUUUUAUCUACCUAAUAUUUAUCUUCUAUUUACCUUUUAUUUACCUUGUUUUAUCUUGUAUUCAUUAAAUGUACCUAUUAUUUAACUUAUUGUACCUUUUGUUUAACUCAUUGUACCUUUUAUUUACAUUCUAUUUAAACUUAUAUGACCUUUUAUUUACCUUCGAUAUACCUUAUUUUUUCUUUACCUUCUAUUUACUUUAUUUUACAGUACCUUCUUGUCCCUUCCAAUUACUUUUCCCCCCCACCUUCUUUUAACUUGUAUUUACCUUACUUGACCUUUUAUUUACCAUCCAUCCAUCCAUUUUCUACCGCUUAUUCCCUUUGGGGUUGCGGGGGGCGCUGGAGCUUAUCUCAGCUACAAUCCUAUUUACCUUUGUUUGCCUUUUAUUUACACUAUUUUACCUUUCAUUGAACUUAUUUUACCUUAUAUUUGCUACUUUUACCUUUUUUUUUAUCCUCUUUUCCAUCUAAAUUCCUUCUUUUACCUUUUAUUUACUGCUUGCUUGCUUGCUGGCUCCUCUUCUGUUAGAAGAUAGGGGUCCAUGGUCCCUAAGAAUGAUGUGCUCUGUAGUGACUGUACAUGCCAAUACGAGCUUUGAAGCUUCUGCCGCAUAUGGGACAGAUCAGACCAGGUGGUAAUAUACAUUUUGGCAUGACUCUUUUUCCAGUCUCCUCCUCCUUUUUUCAAGUAUCAUAGAUGUUCUUUUCUCAUACUUUGUCACGCCUUCACUGACUGCAGUUCUCUAUGUUAUUCUGUCUUUUGCUAGGUCUUCCCAGUAUGUAGUAUUUAUUUCACAUUGUUUCAAAGUCUUCUUUAAGCAAUCAUUUCUCUGGCCACCAACAUUCCUUUUACCUUCAUUUAGCUGACAGUACAACAUCUGUUUUAGCAGUCUGUCGUCAUUCAUCCGUACGACAUGCCCUGUCCAUCAUAGUCGGUAUUUAACAAUUGUACUCUCUACACUGGAAAGCAUGGCCUGUUCAAGUACACUGAUGUUUGUUCUCAUAUCUUGCCACUUAAUAUUCAUCAUCUGGUGUAGACAUCGCUGUUGAAACCUUUCAAGUGCUGUGAUAUGUCUUUGAUAUGCUGUCCAAUGCCUCUGAACCAUAUAGCAAAGUUGUUAUAACAAUUGCUCUGAACACUUUGAUUUUUGUAUCUAGCCUGAUGUCAUGAUUUUGGAACACUCGAGUCUUAAGCUUUCCAAAGGCUGCAGCAGCUUGCCUGAUUCUGUGAUUGACUUCUGCGUCAAUGUUAGCAUUUGAAGACAUUAUACUACCAAGGUAUGUGAAGCUUUCUACAUUUUCAAGAGCCACUUCUUCUAUCUUUAUUGCUGGUGGUUGCAGGAUGAUGUCCUUAGGCGAUGGUUGGUAGAGUUCUUGUGUUUUCUUUGCAUUUAUUUUAAGUCCGAGUUGUGUGUAUGCAUAGUUAAAUGCAUCCAGUAUUACUUGCAAAUCUUCUGCACUCUGGGCUGCUAUUGCAUUAUCAUCGGCAUAUUGAAAUUCUACCACUGUGGACUUUGAAACUUUUGUUCUGGCUCGCAGCUUUCUCAGGUUGAACAGUUUUCUAUCUAGCCGAAAUGCAAUUUGAAAUAGCUCAGCUGGUAUUCGUGAAUAUGCAAUGUGGAUCACAACAGAGAUAAAGACGGAGAACAGUGUCGGGGCUUUCAAACAUCCCUGUUUUACUCCGGUUUUCACUUCAAAAGGAGCAGAAUCAUGGCCAUUCUCAAGUACUGUAGCUGUCAUGUUGUCAUGCAUCAAUCGGACUAUACUGAUGAAUUUUGGAGCGACCUGACAGGUUUUAUUUACUACCAUGACCUUCUAUUUACAUUCUAUUCAACUCAUUUGACCUUUUAUCUACUUUUUAUUUACCUUAGUUUUACCUUCCAAUAACCUACUUUUACCCUGUUUCACCUUCUUUUACCUUAAAUAUACUUCUAUUACCUUCUUUUUACCUUUUUUUUUAACCAUCUUUCACUUUCUAUUCCAACUUGCUUUACCUUUUUUUUAUGCUAUCCAGAUUUUAUAAAUUUGUAUUAGUUACACACACAUGAUUAAUUGUCGCAACAGAACAUAAAUCAAUGCUUUUUUUCUAAUUGAAUCGAUUAAUGGUUGCAGUCCUAAUAUGUUUAGUUUCAUUUUGAGGGGUUGGUAGUGGGAUCAUGGACAGAGCAGUUCAUUAAAACAUUCAUUGUCUUUACACAUGUAUUACCUAAAUAUUUCUGUCUUUGGCAGUGCAUGCGUACAUUGCAACAAUGUGUGUGUUAUUGCCAAUGAAUGUAAUACCUUUGUUAUUACCAGUGAAUGUUCUAGUAACAAAAGUAUAUGUCCCUGCUCAGACGUCUCAUUGUGUUGUUCCUGCAGGCCUCCCCUCUCUUUUCUUCCCACCGCCCACUCAGUGUGACUCAUCGAAAAAGCUUUUAAGUUUCGUUUUCCACUUACCAGCCUAACAGCUGAUAGCUACGUGUGCCGAAAGACAAUCCACUCACACAUGCUCGCUCUCGUCUUUCUGUCCAGUGCAGGAUGUCGGACUGUAGACUGUACGCGUACCAGGAGGAGGUGGUCCAGAGGGCUCUGCGAGGAGAAAACACCAUCAUCUGGCUGCCGACGGGAGCUGGGAAGACGCGUGCCGCCGUCUACGUGGCCGAGAAGCACCUGGAAACGAGGCCGCAGGGGAAAGUGGUGGUCCUGGUAAACAUGAUCCACUUGGUGGACCAACACUACAGCAAAGAGUUCGCUCCCGCCCUGGCGUCGUCCUACAAGGUGGUGGCGGUGAGCGGCGUAAGCAUCGAGAAAGAUUUCUUCGGCAAGGUGCUGCGCGACUCUGACGUGGUGAUUUGCACGGCGCAGCUCUUACACAACGCUCUGGUCAGCACGGAGGAGGAGAAGCGCGUGGAGCUGUCAGAGAUCUCCCUGCUGAUUGUGGACGAGUGCCACCACACCCAGAAGAAGAUGGUCUACAACCAGAUCAUGAUGGACUACCUGCACAAGAAGACGCUCGCUGAAGAAACGCUGCCUCAGAUUCUUGGACUCACGGCGUCGCCAGGCGUGGCCGGGGUAAAGAGUCUGGACAAAGCAGUGCUGCAUGUACUCAAGCUGUGCGCCAACUUGGACUCUGUCAUCGUUUCAGCCGACAAGUCCACUUGGGAACUUAACAUGAAAGUACCAAGACCCUUAAGGACCUUUGACAUUGUGGAAAAAAGACCCGAGGAUCCCUUUGGAGAUCACCUGAAGGGGAUCAUGCAGCAGAUCCACGUCUUCAUGGAUCCCCCCACGGACAUCCUGCUGAGAGAAUUGGGCACGCAAGAAUACGAAUCAGACGUGGUCCAGCUGGAAAAGAGAGGAGUGAAGGAUUACAACCGCGUGCUGCAGCAAUGCGCCGUCCACUUGCGUAAAUACAACGACGCCCUACUCAUCAACGACACGCUGCGUAUGAGAGACGCUCUGAUGUUCUUGAUGGAGUUCUACCGCGCCAAGAUGACCGCCGUCAUCGAUGACACCGACAGAUUCCUGGUGAAACUCUUCAAAGAAAACCAAGGCGAGCUUCAGACGCUGGCGAAGGACCCGCGCUACGAAAACCCCAAGAUGGCCAAGCUGGAGGAAACCCUGCUGAGGCUUUUUAGUCAAAGCGUGGAGUCCAGAGCGAUCCUCUUCAGCAAGACGCGUAGAAGCACCGGCUGUUUGAACGACUGGGUGCUCGACAGUGAGAGCCUGCAGAAAGCUGGCGUCAAGCCUGCCUUCGUGACUGGCACCGCCUCUAUGACACAGUCCGAUCAGCAGAACAACAUCAAGAAGUUCCGCCAGGGCGAGGUCAACCUCCUCAUUGCAACCAGCGUGGCCGAGGAGGGCCUGGACAUCCCGGAAUGCAACCUGGUGGUGCGCUACGGCCUGCUGACCAAUGAGAUCGCGCAGCAGCAGGCGAACGGGCGCGCUCGGGCCAAAGACAGCAAGUACUCCCUGGUAGCCCAGCGAGACGGGCCGGAAGUACGCCGCGAGCACCUCAACAUCUACCUGGAGGAGCUGACCACCAAGGCCAUCGCUGAAGUCCAACAGAUGGACCCCCAGCAGUUUAGGGCCAAGUUAGCCGAGCUUCAGAGCGAGGCGGUUUGUGGCAGCCGCACUGCACAAAGUAAGAAGAAGAACGGUCUCCACCCCGCCUCCAGCGUCCAGCUCCUGUGUCGGAACUGUUUGGCACCAGUAGCGCGCGGCAGCGACAUUCAACUAGUGGAGGAUCAACAUUACGUCAACGUCAACCCUGACUUCAAGGAGAAGUACAACAUCGGCCAAAAGCUGGUUCUGGAUCGGACUUUCGAAGACUGGGAGUUCGGCUGCAUGAUGAUGUGUAACAACGGCAGCUGCAGAAAUACGUGGGGUCACGAGGUCCUAUACAAGAAGGUGGCCCUGCUGCCCAACGUGGCCAUCAAACACUUCACCCUGGAGACGGCCGACGGCAGGACCACGGUGAAAAAGUGGAAGGACAUUCCUUUCGCCGUGGACGACUUCAGCCUAACCGAGUACUGCCAGAUUCACCACCCGGGCCUUAUCGACUGAGGCCAGCUUCCUUGCGCCACACGGUACCUUCCACACACGCUAGCAGGCCGUAAACGAAACGAGCGUGGCGGCUUUCUUUAUGCCCAUUUUUGUGUCACUUAAGUCACACAACACAAAGUGGAACAUUUUGUGAACUGUAAUAAUGACAUGUAUUUUAUGUAAUUAAGUAUUUAUAGACAAACUAACUGGUUCUUAUCAAUUCAAAUUUGAUUGCCUUGUCCAUUCUGCAAAAUAAAGGUGUCUACAUAA